GUCACUUCCGGGUUUUCACUUCCGGUGUGGGCGUGGCCGGAAGUGACGCGGCGGCGGCGGCGGCUCCGGCCUUGAGGGGUUAAUUAGCGCCGCCAUGGGGGAGCUGAGCGACCUGGACCGGCAGAUCGAGCAACUGCGGCGCUGCGAGCUGAUCCGGGAGAGCGAAGUGAAGGCCCUGUGCGCCAAGGCCCGGGAGAUUCUGGUGGAGGAGAGCAACGUGCAGAGAGUCGAUUCGCCCGUCACCGUGUGUGGGGACAUCCACGGACAGUUCUACGACCUCAAGGAGCUGUUCAGGGUGGGCGGGGAUGUCCCAGAGACCAAUUACCUGUUCAUGGGCGACUUCGUCGACCGCGGCUUCUACAGCGUGGAGACCUUCCUGCUGCUGCUGGCGCUAAAGGUGCGGUACCCGGACCGGAUCACGCUGAUCCGGGGGAACCACGAGUCCCGGCAGAUCACGCAGGUGUACGGUUUCUACGACGAGUGUCUGCGCAAGUACGGCUCCGUCACCGUGUGGCGCUACUGCACCGAGAUCUUCGACUACCUCAGCCUGUCCGCCAUCAUCGACGGCAAGAUUUUCUGCGUGCACGGGGGCCUCUCGCCGUCCAUCCAGACCCUGGACCAGAUCCGCACCAUCGACCGCAAACAGGAGGUGCCGCACGACGGCCCCAUGUGCGACCUGCUCUGGUCCGACCCCGAAGACACCACAGGCUGGGGCGUGUCCCCCCGGGGCGCGGGUUACCUGUUCGGUUCCGAUGUCGUGGCGCAGUUCAACGCCGCCAACGAGGUGUCCAUGAUCUGCCGCGCCCACCAGCUCGUCAUGGAGGGCUACAAGUGGCACUUCGGCGAGACCGUGCUCACCGUCUGGUCCGCGCCUAAUUACUGCUACCGGUGCGGGAACGUGGCGGCCAUCUUGGAGCUGGACGAGCACCUGCAGAAGGAGUUCAUCAUCUUCGAGGCGGCGCCGCAGGAGACGCGCGGCAUCCCCGCCAAGAAACCCGUGGCCGACUACUUCCUGUGACACACCUGGGCACACCUGGGGCACCUCAGAUACACCUGGGCACACCUGGGCGCACCU